AUGCUCUGCAAGCAAUGGGGCUUUUAUUCCAGCGGAAGCCGCACAGACUUUGGCCCCGUCGACCUCUUCAAACUUCUUGAGCUGAUCCAAACCAGGAAUCGAUACCGAACUUGCGACAUGAAGAGUGACAAUCAUGUUCGCGUUCUGGCGCUGGCCCUUAUCCUCGCGCAUCUCAUGACCUUGCGCCACUGCCUCGACAUCUCGGAACUCGAGAAUAUCAGGUUUACGUGCAAGCGAUGGAUGCUGUUGCAAGUCUGCUCUCAAUCAAUGGACAUUGGCGAUGUCUUUGCCAGUCUAUUUCAACUGAUUGCCACCCAUAUCCACAGUCAUUAUGUCGACCAUGGGUUGGUGACGAUGCUGGUUCAUGAAUGA